CGACACACUUCGACCAGUCAGACGGAGAAACCAGUGAAGGAAUCCAGAAGUUACCAACAACUUCGCAUACCGUCAAGAAGGAGGAGUAACGAGCUGGUUUUUGGAAACAAGGAGGGUUAAUUGCCGCAGAAUAUUGAGCUCGGUGCCGCGGGGGGAGCCUCUAAACAGGAAAGCAGCAACAUGGAAGACAUGACUGUGGAACAGAUCACCAUGAGGGCCAACCAAGUGACUGACGAGUCACUGGAAAGCACACGGAGGAUGCUGCAGAUGGCAGAGGAGAGCAAACAGACGGGCGCCAACACCCUGGUGAUGUUGGACCAGCAAGGAGAGCAGCUGAAGCGUGUGGACGAGGGCAUGGACCAGAUCAACCACGACAUGAGACAGGCUGAGAAAAACCUGACUGACCUCUCCAAGUGCUGCGGCCUGUGUGUCUGCCCCUGUGACAGGGUCUCAUCUAUCGAGCAUGACUCAAAAUACAAGAAGACCUGGGGUAUUGGAGGAGGUGAUGGCGAAGUUGACUCCAACGGCUCCAGAGUCGUCUCAAGGCAGCCCUCGGGUGUUCGUAACGGCCAGGCUGGCCAGGUGAACGCCCCAGCACCCACCGGCCCGUACAUCAAGAGGGUAACCAACGAUGCACGCGAGGAUGAGAUGGAGGAGAAUCUGGAAGCCGUCGGCAGCAUCAUUGGCAACCUCAAAAAUAUGGCUCAGGACAUGGGCAACGAGAUCGACAAGCACAACAAACACAUCGACAACAUCAAUGCCAAGGCGGACAUGAACAGGCUUCGUAUUGAUGAAGCGAACCAGAGAGCCAACAAGCUCAUCAAGUAGACAAAGAACCCUGCUUCUGCCAGUUUUAUCCAUCAACCUUGAGCCUCUGUCGCCACACACACACACACACACACACACACACACACACACACACACACACACUGCAGACUUGCACGAAUAUGCUCUUUGACAUAAAAAAAAAAAGUCAGGAAGAAUAUAUUUGUCAGCAGCAUGCUCGCCUUAUACUGCACUAAGAUGUAAAUAAAAUACAUAAACAUUUCUACAUUUUAUGAAUUGGCUGCCACCAGAAUCUCCUUAGACACAACAAGCAUUCAUAGUCAUGCUGGACUUUGAGAAGCAGCAAGGGCAUCAGAAAAUGCACCAAAAGAGGAAGCAGCUGACUGCCCAUCUAUCACUGCUGUUCGAUACCAAAUAUGCACCCGGCCUGUUGUAUCAUAUCUCAACAUUAACAGAAAGGGAAGAAGCACAGGUCAGCUGCUUUUCUCUUAUUUCUUCACCGUUUUGCCUUUCUCUAAAAGUCAAGAAUUAUGAACUGUCUCUUUGUGUGCGUCUCUGGUUUGUAUAGAUGAGCUCAUGGAUACAUUAGCUGUCUUUUAGUGAUAUACAGCUCUGCAUUACUUCAUGUGUCACCCUCUAAUGGUCACAUCCCAAUUUAAUCAUAAAACAUCUUACCUAAAUUCUUAUUGGUUCAAUGUGUAAUUAAGUUUAUUGUAUCAUGUAUUAUAUUGAGAUGACGUGUUUAUUUAAUCUUAAUCAAGCAGAAAUGACUUGUGAAUAAAGUUGUGUUUUUUAACACCUUUUUCUCAUGUCAUUUAUGCCAUUUCAGAUGUUAAAGCUAUUUCAAACAAAAAAAAAAAAGAUUACUGUGCUUUGGAGUGAGUCACGGCAAAUCCUUUCAUGCUGGAAUUCAAAGCACCUACCCCUGAAUGAUAGCAAUUUUGCAUUAUUUUUUUAAUCUGACUGAUUAGAAGUCAAGGUUGUUGUAAAAAAUUGUAAGGCGCUGAAGUUGUGUUAGAAAUUUAAUAUAUACUCGUAAUCACUUGUCCUUCAAAUGUGAAGGCGGGUCAGUAAGCAUCAUGAGGAAUGUUCAUCUUUAUAUCCUCCAAAGCCUCGAGUUUAUUUUAUAAUAACACUGAAUAUGUGAAAUAUAACAGUAGAUUUGUCAUCAGCGGCUCAACUGCUGAACUUCAUAUUUAGUCUCUAUUGCGGUUUUUCACUCGGACUGCAGUCUCGAUGUAAAUACUGAAACAUAUUGUAGCUGUUUAUAUUAAUUGUCUAUCGUCCUUCUGUUAAUUUCAUUCUUCUUUCUUCAUCCCCUCCUGGUUAAUAGAGAUUUAUAGCACCCGAGAGGAGAUUUAACAGCCUUUGCAGGGUUCCUACACAAGUCUGGUAAUGUGCGGAAAAUUAGUUUCCUCAAGUCUGAUAAUUGCUCAGUCUGUAAAAGUAUGAAAACAAAUGUUCAGUUCUGAAACACACGGCUGUACAUGGUUUAAUACGCUAUCAUUUCUCAUAUAUGCUCACUAGGUUGUUGUCAUUAUGGCAUAUGCAGCAGUUUUGUCAUUAUGAAAACAACCUUGAAUGUUAAAAAUGAAAGAAAUUAGUGUGGAAAAAAAUCAUUUAGAAAUAGGAGAAUGUGCAGAAACCCUCUCGAUGCCUUAUAGAUGAUCCAUGGUUGUGUUGUAACAGCCAUUGUAUCACAAACAGCUCCUCCUGCAUCUGUUCUGUAUAUAGCCAGUUUUCACAGCAGAGCUGCAGUAAAAUGAUAAUAUCUGAUGAUGGAAAGCAUAAUUUGUUUUGUUGAAGCCGUAGCCAGGCUGAGAAAUUACUGCUGGCAGCAAGAUGCAAAAGUAUACAUGUAAAUGAAGAUUGUUUAAGGAGUAAAUGUAGAAGCAGAGUAAGUCCUGCCAGCCUGUGUUUAGGCCUCGCUGUGGAAAAUUGGCUAAUGAUAAAGUAAUGCAGUAUGCUGAAAAUAUCUCUCGUCUGCAUCUUCUGGCUUAUUUGUUUUGAAGAAAAAUGAUAAUUUGUAUGCUCCGCUGCAGGCAUACACCUAUUGAGUUUGUAAAGAUUGAAAUGAACUGUUAUUCAGGGCUUUGUAUUGCUACAAGUGAUCACCGUCAGCCUGUUACUUGUCAGCUGAGAUCUAAUUAGUCAAGCCUGAGGCUGACUCGCUGUCUCGAGGCUGUUUAUUCAUUGUUUUACCAACAGCAACCGGAAUGUAAAUCCAGCCGUUUCUGUCGAUUUAUGAAUAUGUUCCUACGCAGCUCGCCUUAUCUGAAAUUAGCUUAGUUAACAAAUGACUGUUGAACAAAGUAAAAACUGCCAUUGUUUCACACCUGCCUCUGUUAAAUUGUUUGUAUUAAAUAAACCUAUUCUGAAACUCA